AUGCGUGCGUGGGACGAGUGGGAACCACGAGACACAGCAGUAAGCACGGACAAGGGUUGCGGCACACUGACUGCAGGGAGCAGGGUUGGCGCCUGCGUCACCUGUAGCGCCGGCACCAAUCUGUCUGCUACUGCUACACUCACAAAAACAUUGUCUGAGUCUGCAGCACUAACUGCAUUGGCCAACACACCAACAUUACCUCACACCACUUGUAGCACAAGCACCAAUCUGUCUGCUACUGCUACACUCACAACAACAUUGUCUGAGUCUGCAGCACUAACUGCAUUGGCCAACACACCAACAUUACCUCACACCACUUGUAGCACCGGCACCAAUGUGUCUGCUACUGCUACACUCACAAAAACAUUGUCUGAGUCUGCAGCACUAACUGCAUUGGCCAACACACCAACAUUACCUCACACCACUUGUAGCACAAGCACCAAUCUGUCUGCUACUGCUACACUCACAAAAACAUUGUCUGAGUCUGCAGCACUAACUGCAUUGGCCAACACACCAACAUUACCUCACACCACUUGUAGCACCAGCACCAAUCUGUCUGCUACUGCUACACUCACAACAACAUUGUCUGAGUCUGCAGACAACAGUAAAAUAAAAAUGGUAAUUUCAUAA